AUGUACCGUCGUAGAGUUACUUCAUCUCCCCAAGCAGUAAACCACGAUUUCAUUCCAAGUACCGUCGAAGAGAUCUUCGAUGAUAUCACAGGUCGUCGACUCGGAUUUCUUCGAGCUUUCACUACAGAAGAAGUGAAUCUGUGUUUGUACGCAUAUCCGAAUGGGACAUGGGAAGUGAAGCAACCAAGCGUGGAAGUGCCUUCGAAUCUUCCUGAGCCAGCUCUCGGAAUCAACUUCCCAAGAGAUGGUUUGAGUCGUAUCGAUUGGCUAACUUUAGUUUCUGCUCACUCUGAUUCUUGGUUGCUCUCUCUUGCUUCAUUCUUCGGUUCUCAGAUUACUCGUGGUGAGAGGAACCGCUUAUUCGAUCAGAUCAAUGAUCAGCCAACUCUAUACGAAGAAGUGACGAACAAUUUCACUCCUAGUACUGUCGAAGAGAUCUUCACUAAUCUCACAGGUCGUCGAAACGGCUUUCGUCGAGCUCUCUUAACAGACGUUGACACUUUCUACGCUUCUUGCGGUCCGGAAAAGGAGAAUCUUUGUUUAUACGCAUACCCGAGUGGGACAUGGCAAGUGACUCUUCCACUCUUGGCUCUGCCUCCGGAAAUUCCCGAGCCAGUUGUUGGAAUCAACUUCUCUAGAGAUGCUACGACUCGUCGGGAUUGGCUUCAACUUGUUGCUGUGCAUUGUGAUUGUUGGUUGCUCUCUCUUGCUUUCUUCUACGGUUCUCGGCUUAGUCCUGAUGAGAGGAACCGCUUAUUCGAUCUGAUCAAUGAUCACCCAACUCUACUUGAAGAAGUGACAAACAAUUUCAAUCCUAGUACCGUUGAACAGAUCUUCACUAAUCUCACAGGUCGUCGAAACGGCUUUCGACGAGCUCUCUUUACAGACGUUGACACUCUCUACGCUUCUUGCGGUCCGGAAAAGGAGAAUCUUUGUUUAUACGCAUACCCUAGUGGGACAUGGGAAGUGAGUCCUCAAGUCCUGGAUCUGCCUCCGGAAAUUCCUGAGCCAGUGCUUGGAAUCAACUUCGCUAGAGAUGGUAUGACUCGUCGGGCUUGGCUUCAAUUUGUUGCCCAUCAUUGUGAUUGUUGGCUGCUCUCUCUUGCUUUCUUCUACGGUUCUCGGCUGAGUCGCGAUGAGAGUAGUCAAGAACCGCUUAUUCGAUCUGAUCAGUGA